CGUCGCUUCCCCGAGGCAGGUGGGCUUGUUCUAUCCGGUGACGAACCAACGCUCUUUCCUCCUCGGUGAUCCUCGAAAAUCUCCUAGGAGAACUGACCGACCCGAGGAGUGGGGACAGUGCACCCCCUCCGGUUUUCUUCUCGGACAGGCAAUUCAGUGUUGCUUCGCGGUACACGAGUUUCACGUUAACGAUCGAGGAAACGCGGUACUGCGAGUGUCGCAGCGCCGUGUGGACUCUGCUGCAGUCAGUGAUCGUAAAGAGUAGUACCGAGAGCGAAGGGGUGAAAAGAAAAGGGAUGAUCGUAGGUGCGCGCGUGAGACGAGAUUCUUACGGCUCCUCAUGAAGAGUCCGCUUCCCGGUGAAGGAACUGAGAGAACGGUGUGCCGAUCGGUGCGCUGGCUCGUCGAAGAACUUCAGAGUUCGGGAAAGGACGACUGGCGAGCACCUUGACGAACUUCCAGCUGCAAACUGCAAACUCGCAAGUUCGCCACGAGGGUCCAACGAAGAAGAACCACCGCGGGACCUGCCUCUCCUUCCUCAACGGAGACUUCCUUAAAUCUAUCUGGGAUACGUCGGCCAAAGUGUUCGUAAUAAAUGAAGAAUCUCUCUUCGUUUCCCUAGACGGCGAAAGUGUAACACAAUACUUCAAACUCCACCCGUAACUAUUCAUCACCGCGCGUACGGAACGUCGAAACUAUCACGCCGUGUUCCCCUUCGAACACCAACGAAUGAAAAAUUACACGUCAACGUCCGUUUGCCUUCCCUUCAACGGAACUGAAGUGUUUAUUUCCGAAACCCUGGGAAAGUUAUAUAUGAAAAUGUUGCCGGCCAUCCUCUCGAUCAAUUACAGCUCGAUGAGUCACGUGUCCACUCGAUAAAAUCCCCUGCCAUCCAGCGAAGUGAUCUGUCUGAGAAACCUAAAUUUUGUUCAACCGCUUUGCCUACGUACACCAAGUGCUUUCUCAUUUUUUUUACUGUUCGAUGCAAGAGGUCGUCGAAUCCUGCGAAUUGGAAUAAGAUUCUUUGCCGAAGUUUGCACGGCUUUUUGAACGAGAGAGAAAAAGGAGACAGGGAGAUGGAAAGAAAGUUUCGAUCGUUUCGUAGAUCCUCCCGCGAGAAGAAUUUCAGAUGGAAAUAAGUUAUUGCCGUUACUUUCAGCGCAUCUGUCGAUGAAAGAGCGUUAACGGGCGAAAUUCCAGUACCAAACCGAUUUCCAAUAAUCGAGGCUUCGUUCUCGAACUUUCGCUCGUAACUUUGAAAAUAACGAAGUAUAGAGGGGGAACCUUGAAACACCGGCGAGAACGAUAAUUUGUCUUUCCGUCGAAACGAAGAUUUUCCUUUUGUUUUUUUUUUUCUAACAAAGUCAAUUCCGUGAACGACACGCAAGACAAGAUUGUUGGAAUUGUCGAAGAACAGCACUGUUAAAUUUUGAUAAUUGUAUACAUUUAACGGUAGAACCUACGACUGACGUACAGUCCUUGAGACACGCACAAAAGGAACUUGAAGCGAUUGAAGACUUAUAUCAUACACGUUAAUUAAUCAUUGACGAAACUACGAUAAUAAAGUUAAAGGGCAGAAGUUAAAAUCGUCGAACAUCCACUGACAAUGAGACAGAUUCUAGAAACAGAUGCAUCGUAGAGUUCGACCGUCACCUGUCCGAACGAAUCAUUGAAACAAAAAAGAAGAAGAAGAAGAAGAGAAGGAGGAGGAAGAAAAAGAAAAAGGAAGAAAAAGACCGAGACGUUGGAAGGAAAAGCACUAAAAAGCAGCUGACUCCUGGUGCUGGGAUGCCCCCAUGACAAAAGGGAGGCACGUGGUGAUGUCUUGUUGUUGUUGGUGCUGCGACAACCUCGGCGGUGCCGGUUCUUCAAGUGCUGGUGCUGGGGGUGUUGUUACGGGUGCGUCUGGCGGCAGUGUUGUAGUCGGUACUAACGCCAACAACGCCGGUGGUGGCGGUCUCGGUAUUGCUUCCGGUCUUUCAGCGAUGCUGUCGUUGGUAGUCGUCACCGUUGCCAUCAGUACAGGAGAGUGGCUUCUGACGGAAGAGAAACUACCAAAAACUUCAUCGAACGCCUCUGCGGAACCAGACAGCAAAGUUACGUACAGUGGUCUGUGGAGAGUCUGCGUUGCCAUAAGCUCCCGCAUGGAGUACGAGUGCUCGAGCAUCGACUAUUUCCCGAACGAGGAGUACAGUCCGGAUCCCAGCGAUUCAACCAUGGCAAUACCAUAUGCAGUUACCAAGUCGGCAAUGUUCUUCUUCGCUGCAACAUCGCUGCUGGUGGUGGCCGAAGUUUGUUACUUCACGGCUCACGUUACUCAUCCGAGACACAGGCUCUGCGUCUUUGUCGCCGGCGUGGUCUUCAUAGUUUCCGGUUUGUUAAUGCUGGUGGGAAUGGUGAUGUACAUAUCUGUAUUCAAAGCUGAAGUUGGUAGCAAACUUAGACCAAGGUCAUCGUUUCAGGGGCCACCCUUCACCUACAGGUACGGAUUCUCAUUUCUGCUGUACGUGAGCGGCUUCAUCACGACCGAGGUCGCCGGCACUUACGCCAUUUUCUUGUACAUCUCCUGGCAUCAGAAAGAACUGGUACGGAGAGACUCCAGGCGAAAAAAUUACGGGGGCGUGUAUCACUUGGACAAUCACCACGUGCAUCAUGCAAAUCACGCGACUAUAGGCCACAGCGGUUUCCUUUGCGAGAGGCAUCAGAAGAGAUACUUCUUCGGCAGGGAUUCGGUGGAUCACGUCGACUUCGACGAGUUUUUACCGCCGCCGCCAAAUUUGGACUAUCACGAUUAUUCCAGACAAUUCCCAAGGGACCUCACCACGCAAACGGUGAGCACGACAGCCGACGUCCUGCAGGAAGAGGAAGAGGAAUACAGUCCGAGUGUUCAACACGAGUUCGUGACUUUUGAUCUUGACGAACCUCUGCCUCCUCCGCCGCCGGUCAGGGCUGGUGAAUGGACCUUCGACACGCUGAGAAAAACGACUCCCGUCUGAUAUACCGUCAGAUACGCGAGGCUGGUGCAAAGCGUUGAAAGCGACGAGGAGGAGGACGCGGAAACCGAGGAGGAGGACCACGACAUAGCUGGCGAUUAAACAAAUCGACUCGCUUUUUAAUGAGAUGCCGUACAACCGCGGGAUCGGGAAGCUUUCAUCGUUUCAAACUCCAUUGGAAAGCAAUACAAAAGCAGACACGGAAGCAACGGAAACACGGAUCGAUGGAUUAUCGAAUUUCGGUUCUUAAUAAUUCGUCGAACUUCUCCUUCGUCUCGCGGAAUGUAACUUCUCUGACUGAACGCGAAGAAAAGAGAAGAAUCGCACAAUCCGUAAAUAACAAUAAAGUGAAGCAGCAUUAAUUAAAUACGUAUGUACGACCUUUCAGUUUGUUUUCUCGUGUAUUUUUUUACUCGAUAUUGCCCGUUGUCUAUUGAAAGAGACACGAAGAACAUUUCAAGACGAUAAACGUGAGGCCAUCUUUGUUUGAAUGAUUUCAAUCAGCUGAUUGACUGCCAACCUCGAUCUUCCAUUUUUGUACACGAGACAAAUAUGAUAUAAUUUUUAAAACGAACCGUCCCAUUGAAAGAGGAUAAGAAUUUCCAAGAUAUGGAAACAGAGCUUAAUGGUAAUUGAUUUAACGAUUCGUCGAAUUUGUAUCUGUACGAAAGUUUACGUAGCGUGUAGAAUUUUUAGCGAAUAAUUAUUGCGCGAGUAAUCGUAGAGAGAUUACGUUAGAGAGAUUCUUGAAUUUGUCGAAAAGGAAUUUUCGUCGUUUUGUAUUGCGAUUGUUGACGCUGUUAUAAUUUCCUAGUCGUUAGGAUUGUUUGUAUUUGUGUUUGGUAGAAUUUUUACGGAGAGGAACGAAGAAGAUGUUUUCCAAAAGACUGCAACAUAUAUCUGCCAUAACUGAAAGCAAUUGAAACUGUAAAUCGAUUAAGUCUCUAGGUGCGUAAGCAUUAGUGUGUUUUCAAUACACGAACAUCCAACGUUUUACAUUUAAUGCCGUGGGGAUCAGAAAGAAUCGAUUAAGAUCACUUAAAGCUAAGACGAAUGAAUGAUUCUAACGAUUCUUGCAGAUGAUCUCAAAUUGCAGAAUAAGGUCUUUGUAGUGUUAAAACUAAAACGAUUGUAAACCUGUACCAAAAACUGCAAUGCCGAUGAAAAUGUUGAUUGAUCAAUUGGAAAAUGGAACGCGAGAUUUAUGAACGCGAUCAACUAUAUUCAGGAAGAAUGUUUGCCAAAUGAGAAAGAAGGAAUUGCAAUUAUGAAUUUAAAAAAUACAACAGAGAUAUGUUGAUCCUAUCACAAACUUGUUAAAAAGACCCAUCUAACUAAAGGAAAUGUACUGUACAGAACAUAUAAUAUUGUUACAUCAUUAAUGUCUGAGAAUUUUUAACACAAUUAAAUAGUUGAUAAGUUUUUUAUACAGUAGUCAAUUUUCCACCAGAAUUUAUAUAUAUAUAUAAUAUUUAUAUAUAUAUAUUAUAGACAUAUAUUGAUUAAACAAAGAAGAAAGUUAUUAAGAUGAUCGAUCAAUAGCUAGUCAAUCGAAUAAAUAAGAAAGAUUUGAUUAAAAGUGUGAUGAAAUGCUAUCUAUUUAUGACUUUCUUUUUUAAUUUUCUAUUCAUCAUGUUGAACGUUAUUAUCAUAAAACUUUGGCUAAUAACUUUAUCCUUUAGUAACAGCCAUGUUUAUACAACGUAUUAUGUAUAAUAUUUUCUUGUUCCUAUUUCUGAAUAAUUUUUAUGUACCUACAGCUUUCCAGUCACAUAGAAAUACGUACAUACUUAUAUAAAAAAAAAAACAUUGUCACAUAAAAUACUCAAUUUAAAUUUACAAAAAUGUUCCUCCAAUAAAUUCAAUUAAUUAAUUAAAUAUGUACAUCAUCUUUUAACUUUUAUCUUCAGUGAAAGAGACAUCAAAUUUUUAACGACACGAAUAAAACGGUAUGUUCAUUCUGUGUGACUGGAACAUAAUUGUUGCCAAGUGCAAAGAGAUUUCUUUCCCGAUUUUACACGCAAUUACUACUUGUAAAUAAAUUCAAAUAUUUGCAACGCGAUAUACGAUAAUAAAAUGUAUUGCCAAGGAAAAUUCAUUUUGUAUUGUACAUUUGUAAUACUCAGAGUCAAAUCAUUAAAUAUGACUCUCUAAAAGACUUUCUCAUAGGGUUUAAGUAAAAUAAAGGAAAAGUGGCCAAUUGCCACCGUCUAAUAAAGUGAGAAGGAAACCGAUUAACUUAUAGGACACGAUAUUUGUCCUGGAAACGAAGGACGUAAAAAAUGUUUCUUGAAACGUUGCCAUUGUUUAUAAAAUAAUCCAUGUUCACUAGCAUGUAAUAGAAGUUUAUUGUUUAUGUAUUCGAUGGAGAUAAGCUUGCUCUAAACUUUACAAUUUGUACAAUAAAGUUUCUUCAAAUUAAA